AUGGAUACCCAUCAGAUUAGAGUGUUACAAGGCAACGUCAAUAAAGCAAAGAUUGAACUGAAUAAGUGGGAGAGAGAGUUUCAGGAAAAGCACGGUCGUAAAGUAACAACUGAAGAUGUAAAAGAAAACAAUAUGGUCUCUAAAUACAAAGAUUAUAACAAGUUGAAGAAAUCUUUAGCAAAAGCCAAAGCUGAGCUCCAGAUGAGCGAUAGCCAAAUGUCUCAAAGCUCUCAACCUCUUGUUGCGUCACAAACUGCCGCUUCGCAGGAAAAUCAUAAACAGUCUUCAACUUUUGACAAGGAGAAUGUUCAUCCUGAGCACUCAUAUCAACAAGUGGCUGCAACCUCACUAUCAUCCUCUAAAAAGUCAAUCAUUGCACAUACCACAACCCAUAAUAAAACUCGUAAAGCUUUAUCCAGUAUAGAUACCCAUUUCCCUGCAAUAUCCUCAACAUCAUCCACGCAUAAGACACAUUCAUCACAUCAUACAAACGAAAAAGAUACUUUAAAUACCAGCACCACUGUAGCCUCAAAAGUAGAAAAUUCUAUCACUAAUUCUACUACCAUCACUACGACUACGACUACUACUAUUAGUACUAUCAGCAUGAAAGGAAACAAUGACAAUAGGGACGAGCAUGGCGGUGGUAACAAGAAAGCCAGAACUUUAAUAUUGAAUGGUUACAAUAAAGAAAAGGCUGCCCAAAGAAAAAGACGACAACCACAAAUAGUCCGAGAGAUGGAAGAAAGGAAAAGAAAGAUUCAGCGAACUCUUUCUGACUAUAUGAUCCAAAUGAAAGAACAAGAGGAGCAGCGGCAACAGUCUUCACAGACAUUAUCACAAUUACGAUCGACACCCGAAUAUCAAGCAGAGCAGCAAUUCCAUCGUCAGCGCUCUCAAUUAUUAAAUACCCUUCCUCCUUUGCCACAAGACCUCUUUGAUAGCGAAGAUUCCGAUGAAGAGUUGCCCUUCAGCAUUGUGGAGGAUAACCCUGCAGAACGCAUCCAAGGAUGGAGCAAUAGCCUGGAAUUAUCAGAUAUUGUCAAGUUAAAGAUUGAGAAGGGUACGCUGGGCGAAGUCUGCGAAUUUAACAAGAAACUAGAAGAAGAUGUGAGUGAAGAUUUACGCAGAUUUAUACAAGAAAAUACCCUGCCCAAGAUCGCUUCUGAACAGAGCACUUAUAGUAGCCAACCAUCGGAAGAUGGGCUCAAGGGUGAAUCUGCAAUGCCUGUUUAUAAAAGGCGUCCUCCAAGAAGACAAACACGUCUUCGUAAAAUGAAAUUUGUGGAGACUUCCUAA